AUGAUCAUUUGCGGAUUAUCUUAUACAAAUAUAACUAAUUUUAUUAAACCUAUUGAAUCUGGACCUCAAGAAUCAGCAAACAUUAUUCAAGAUGAAACUAACGAAGCAGCUCAUGUUGCAAGGAAUCAGAAGAUCAAUGUCAAGAUUAUAAUCGCUAGAAUAU